GCAACGGGCCGCGGACGGAAAAGAAUAGUGUAUUCACCACGACUAUUAUAUGACGGGAGUUACAUCACUAAAUAACAAAAGACUGCCAAGUCACGUUGACUGAACACACGUCCGUCCGUCCGGACCAAGGCUGACUGUUUGCAUAAUCCGUAUUUUGCGAGCAGUAGAGCCUCGGCGAAGGUUGUGUUUUGAUGUAACAGUGAGCUAGCAGUUUCUCCAACGACCGUGCGUAGUUCGGAGAGAUCACAGCCAGCAUCUCACAUCGCAUUAACCCCGGCGCGCCGAGCUGAUAAACCCCGGUCUCGCUCAAGCAAACCGUGCGUUGAUUGAAUUCUUUUCCUCGUUGCACCGCGUACCGAGAAGACAUCAUGGUGAAACCGAGCAUCUUACCGGAAGGAGGCAAGAAGGAGGCCUCAAAAGAGGCGAAGGGGACGGAGGCCUCGCUGCCUGCAUUCGCUGUAAUCCCGCUUGGAACCGACCUCCCACCCAAGUACGAUGACUGCACCGUCGAAGCGGCUCCUAUCCCGGUGGUCAACCGACCGCGCAAACUCGGCGUUUGUCUGUGCGUGUCAAUGCUUCUCACGCUGCUCCUCAUCAUUGGAUUGGCUGUUGUUAUGUUCCUAGGCCACGCCUCCGGAAAGUAUCAAUUUCGCUGUGGAGUUGGAUACGGAGACUACAAAGACUACCCGAGUAGUCAUGAGGACCGCGGAACCCUAGAAGAAGAAGUGGAGGUGGACCCCUUUGAAGGCUACGAGCAGAUCGAAAUACCUGAACAGGACUACUGCGAGAGGCUCACUAUCCUCCAUGACUUCACCGUGAACAUGACUGCAUAUAGGCUCCGUCGCUCCCAGGUUUGCUACGUCACGUUUCUGGACAAGGAAAUCGUGAUGGGACCAGAUGAGUUCAUUGAGCGAGCCGAAGAGAACCCACAGUUUCUCACCGAUCACUACGAGACCGUCCACGAGACUUACCGCGUGGUCCUGCCGGAGCUCACCCCUACCAGUCUGAACAGCGGGCGAUUCGGCUUCUACAUCCCCAUGCUCUGCGAUGGCGUGGAGUCCUACUGGAUCGAGAAGAUCCCCGAAGACGAGCUGGAAGCCUGGGAGGCGUACUGGGCCAGCCAGGACCAAGAGGACUCGGAGAGUCGUGAGGAUGGUCACGAUCAGGACGACGAUGAUGACUUUGAGCUGCCUAACCCAGAACAUCGCCGCCGAAGAGCUGUUGGCGGUGCUUCAGAUGUGAAGGAGUUCCUUGCAUUCGAAGGACACAAGCUGAGCAAAUUCAAGAUCUACACAAAGGAAGCCGUGGAAGCGUUCAAGAAAGCAUCGAACAAGAACUAAGAUGGCGUCCUCGCUGACCCAGCUCCCUGUGAACGAUGGUUUCUACAGGGAGUGUUCUCACCGUAUAGAUUUUUUAAAGUGAUUAUUUGUAUUUGGGUUGUGUCGUGAAACUAUUUCAUUUAAUCAACGCUCAAUCAAUUUAAUGUUUUUGCUGGUUUGUCUAUGUUUAGUUGGGUAAGUUAACUCUGUUUUAUUUUCUGGCCGAGGAAAUAUUUGUAUGCACAUAUUACCGGCAAAGGUUAUGUUGUUACUAUUCAAUCUUUGGAAGAUGGUACCGAAAAGAGCUUUUCAGAUUUGGGUUUUGCUGUUUUUUAAUGCUUGGCUGUGCCACUUGACAUGUUAACUGACGAGUGUUUGCUGUUUUUUGUUCCGGAGAUGAAGCUUGUAUACAUAUUAUUGUUCUCGUUCAAAAAGAGCACUUUAAUUAACGUGUUUGUUUGUGUUUGCUGUUAUUGUAUACAUUUUAUCGUUCAGUUUUCGAUCUCAUUAGAAAUGGCAAAGUGAUGACAGCCCCCCGAAAUUUAAAUGAGGGUUGUUGCAUAUGCAUGAGAUUGUCACUGCGUGAGAACAAGCUCUCCUAGAUUUGGAAGAUGCCGAUGACAGUCAUUUCUAAUGCAAGACUUUUUAUCACUUGAAGUAUUUAUCCACAAUUUUACCACAAUUUUAUUCCAGAAAACUAUAGUGCAUAAUUACCAUGAGACAACGCGGAAUUGUG